AAAGUCGUACAGAAAACGCUAAAUGUACGAUAUAGAUUUGUCAUGAAGUAGAAGUUGGUGGCCUGUUUUUCUAUUUUGUACACUAUAAUAAUCAACACUAAUCAUCCCCAAAACAAAUUAAAAAAAUAAAUGCAAGUUUAGUUUAUUUUAUUGAUUUCGUAUAUUAUAAUUUUAGCGGUUCAGUUUCCGCCAUUUGUUCACAAUAUAUUACUAAUAUUCUGUGCUUAUCGCGUAGCACUUUGCGUUUGCAGGUUUAUUUUUCUCAUUUCUUCCUUCUUUUUUGAUUUUGAUCAGUAAUAUUCAGUAUCGAAGAACGAAAAAUUGCCGUGGAAAAAAAAAAUCAUGUCGUCGAACAUAAUUCACGACGCCGAUGGAUCGCCUUCGCGAAUCGUAUUGAAGGAACAUACUGGAUCAACUGCUGAGGUGCUUUUUCAAGGUGGCCAGGUUGUUUCCUGGAAGAAUGAACGAAGAGAAGAACUGCUGUUCAGGAGUAAUAAGACCCUGUGGAAACCUCCAAAAGCAAUCAGAGGGGGAAUUCCUAUCAGCUUCCCACAGUUUGGAACUUUUGGUUCUUUAGAGCGACAUGGUUUUGCAAGAAACAGAGUGUGGUCAUUGGACAGUUCUCCUUCUCCUCUACCUGCAGCAAACAGUCAGUCAACUGUCGAUCUCAUCUUGAAAUCCACAGAAGAGGAUCUGAAGAUUUGGCCGCAUAGGUUUGAGCUGCGGCUACGUAUUUCUCUCAGUGCUGGCAAGCUGACUUUGAUCCCUCGUGUGAGGAAUAUAGAUAACAAGCCAUUCUCAUUCACGUUCUCUUUGCGUAAUUAUUUGUCUGUUUCUGAUAUCAGUGAAGUGCGGGUUGAGGGCUUGGAGACACUUGACUACUUCGAUAAUUUGCAGCAGGGAGAAAGGUACACAGAGCAGGCAGAUGCAAUUACAUUUGAUAGUGAGACUGAUAGGGUAUAUCUGAGCACACCAACAAAAACAGCCAUAAUAGACCACGAGAAAAAGAGAACUUAUGUCCUUCUGAAAGAAGGGAUGGCAGAUGCUGUUGUUUGGAAUCCUUGGGACAAAAAGGCCAAGUCUCUUCCAGAUUUAGGUGAUGAAGAUUACAAGAAAAUGCUCUGUGUGGAUUCUGCUGCUGUUGAAACUCCGAUUAUCUUAAAACCCUCUGAGGAGUGGAAGGGGCGGCAAGAGCUCUCUACGGUAUCUUCAAGUUAUUGCAGUGGGCAAUUGGACCCUAGGAGAGUUAUUUAUGGUCCAUGAUGUGAUUAAUGUCUACGAGUUUAUUUUUGUAUACUAUAUGCACCUUUAGCUGUUUCGCGAACACAUUUUCAUGUUUAGUUUGUCAGGUUCUGAAGUUUUGAAUUUUAACAUUAGUGGAUCUAUUAUAUAAGCAUAUAUAAUUGCAGUUGCAAAUUGAUCGCUGAA